UGACGGGGUAUGAUUGCGUGUGUCUUCAACUAAGAAAAAUGGCGGUGGCACGUGCGGUGGCAGUGUUAGCCGUAGCAUCAACAAGACCCUCGGCGGUAUUAACCAGUGGUGGUGUACAAACUCAAAGAUUUCUCAAAUUCAAAGCCCUUUGUUCUUCAUCAUCUAAACCUUCUUCUAGAAAACUCGUCCUUUACUCAAAGCCUGGUUGCUGUUUGUGCGAUGGUCUCAAAGAAAAGCUUCAUGCUGCAUUCUUACUCUCUGGUCCUGAUUCCCUUAGCAACGUCGAUUUACAGAUAAGGGAUAUAACGAGCAAUCUUGAGUGGGAAAAAGCUUAUCAAUAUGAGAUACCUGUGUUGGCUAAAGUUCUCUCUGAUGGCACCGAGGAAACUUUACCGCGAUUGUCUCCUCGUUUAGGAGUGGAGCUCCUGCAGAAAAAAAUAGCUGCUGCGCUGAGGGAACAAUAAAGACUUUUUAAGCUCAGGACUCCUGAGGCAUUACAAAUGUUUGUUCUAUAUCUUUAUCAUUAACACCAUUUUUUAAUUUAUAUUUAAUUAAAUGAUUUAGUUCCUUCAAACUCAGGAAUUUAAUUUAGAGUGAACAAUGAAGAGUUAUAAUAUUUCGUUGGAAAUUCAAGUUGAGAUUAUGAUUUUAUGCAAACUGUUAUGAAUAUUUAGUAGAUGUUCCUUUCAAGUUUCAUGAGUUAAAGUCUUAAUCCUUAAUGUUAGUGGAACCCUUAAUAUUAGUGGAUUGCUAAUGAGUCAUUAUGAUUGACCA